AAGUAAAAUGGAUAAGAAAAUAUGCAAAAAACUGCUAGUUUCUACAAUGAGUUCAUUCAUAUAUAAUUUAUUUAAAACUGGUGAAGUAAGUAGAGUAAAAAGAUACAGUUGUUGUUAGAAGAUAUAUCAUUUUAUUUUAUUUUUCAGGACACAUCUGAUGAAGAUGAUGAAAUGACGAUCAAUUGUAUAUUACUCAAUUUAUCACAAAAGGGUGAUAAACCACCACGAAUAAGUGGUUAUGUAAACCAUGUAAUAGAGAAUUUAAGUGACAAAGAAUUUCAUAGUCACUUUCGUAUACCUUACGAAGCUUUUGACUAUUUAUUAGCCAAAUUGUCACCACAUUUACAAAGCCAAAAGCCUGGUCCAGCAAAUGUACCCAGUAAUGUACAAUUAUUAUCGACAAUUUGGUUGUUGGCUACUCCUGAUUCUUACAGAUCAGUUGGCGAAAGAUUCGAUUUAAGUAAAUCAACAUUGUCCAAAUGUUUUAUAAGAGUUGUUAAAGCCCUCUGCAACCUGGCACCCCAACAUAUUAAAUUCCCGCAGAGAAAUGAGUUUAAUUAAUUUAAAGAAAAUGUAGUGACCUAUCUAAAAUCCCAAAUACAAUUGGUGCGAUAGAUGGUACUUACAUAUCAAUCAAAGCACCAAAACAAGAUCCCGAAUGCUAUAGCAAUAGAAAGUGUUUUCAUGGGAUAACGUUACAAGCAAUAUGUAGCCCUCUUUUAACAUUUAUGGAUUCUUUUGUGGGAUAUCCAAGUUCAGUGAGUGAUGUAAGAAUAUUCUCAAAUUCGCACAUUUAUGCAGACAUAAGGAAUAAUCCAGAAAACUUCUUUCCAAAUGGGGAACAUAUAUUGGGGGACAAAGCAUACCCCUCGUUAAAUUGGCUUUUGGUGCCGUAUAUUAACCGGGGAAACUUGACACAAAAGCAGAUAUAUUUUAACAGUCAGCAUGCAAAAGCAAGGCAAAUGAUUGAGAGGGCAUUUGCUCUGUUAAAGGGACGGUUCCGUCGCUUAAAAUAUCUCGAUAUGAAUCGAACAGAUUUGAUCCCCGCAACUAUAUUGGCAGCGUGUGGGUUGCAUAACAUAUCCAUUAUGUUUAAUGAUCAACUUGUUGAACAAUAUAUAGAAGAGGCUCAACAACAAGUAGGUGACAUUGAAGGAUUUAAUGGAGAAAUUCUUCAAAAUGGUUUACACAAGAGAAAUCUAAUAGCUGAAGAAUUGUAGAAUAGUCGGUAACAAACUGCCAAUGAUCAGACUAUGUUAAUGUACUGUUUAAAAUCGUAAUUUAAUAAAAAGUUUAUUU